GAAUGAGUGAUUACACGAAGUGUUUCUACUGUGACGGCGGUCUGUCUAAUUGGGAGCCGGGAGACGAGCCGUGGACAGAACACGCCAAAUGGUUUCCCGACUGUCACUUCGUUGUGCUCAACAAAUCGCAGGCAUUUGUCGAUGAAUGCAAACAAAUGCAAGUCAACGAAAGGCACACCAAUUCACUCAAUGAGAACGAAUCCGAUCCCGAAAUAUACAGCGAUUACGACUCCGAUGAAGAAUCGGUGAACGCGUUGGGCAUCCGUGCCGUCAAUGAAUGGAUGAAUACCGAUAUUGUGCUCCAAAUAAUGGACAUCAAUGUGGGAACCGUUGAUCAGGUGAAGGCUGUGCUCAACAAAAGAUGGCACGAAGUGAGACAACCAUAUACUUCGUUUGCUCAGCUCUACGAUGCGGUCACUUCCCAACGCAGGAGUGAUUCAAAUGUACAAAAUUUGAUUAACCGAAACCAAAGCGUAGAGGAGACCCACACUUCGGAUGAUCUCUACAGCAGUUCCAGUGAUGACGACUAUCAUUCUGGUGGCGAAGAGCUGCCGAGCUCUCAGUCGUCAUUGUCGUCGACCGCAUCGUCACUAUCCAACUAUUCCUCGUCACCCGAAGUGUCGCCAAUUGAUUGUGAAUCGAGUCGUGUGGAAGACAAUCGUUUAUUGUGUAAAAUAUGUUUAGACCGCGAGAUAGGAGUGGUGUUCCUCCCGUGUGGCCAUCAGUUGGCGUGCACUCAAUGCGCCCCCUGUGUGGCCGACUGUCCCAUAUGUCGCAAAGUUAUUCGCGGGACAGUUAGGACUUUCUUCUCAUAAAUACUAUUCACAUAUUCAUUAUAUUGAGCACUCAUUACACAUGUCUAUAGUGUCCUAAUUUUGUUAAAAUUUCAACUUCUUUUGUAAUUUUAAACCAAACAAUUAAUCCAAAAUUUCUUUCAAAAAUUGUAUUUCUUUUCAAUUAAACGUUUCUAAUAUUGUUUUUUACUAAACUUUUUUUAAUUUGAGAAUAACGCCGGGAAUAGCGCUUUCAUUAGUGACACAAUUUGAUUUAAGAUGAUAAAACGACUUAAAAUGAUACAAUUUAAUUUAUAUAUGAGUUUAGUUUUGCUUUUUAUUGCGUUUUCAGGUAUUAUUUAUUUAUGUUUAAUAGCAGAACGAGUAUAACAAUAGAUUAUGUAAUUACUUAUUAGGAUUAUAACCAAUUAAAACAAUAGAUUGGAUUCAAUAGUGAUAUAAUUCAUGGUAAAUAAUUGUGGCACCAAAACGAACCCUUAUAUAUGUAUAUCAUGUGCACAUUUUCAUAUCGUUUCUGUAUAUAAACACACUAUAAAUAAAUAUUUUUAUAUAAUUUA